AUGAAACCCCAGUUUGGAAAGCACAUAGCCCAGCACUUUCUCUUCGAUGAAGGCUGGACCAACAUGAAUCAUGGGUCCUUUGGAGCAGUUCCAAGACAAGUCUGGGAGCGUCUCCGCGCCUGCCAGCAGAUGGUCGAGGCCACUCCGGAUAAAUUCGUGCGCUACGAUUACAAUGCGGAACUCAUCGUCUCGCGCAAGGCGAUCGCAAAGCUCGUCCAGGCACCCCUCGACACGAUCGUGCUCGUUCCGAAUGCAACUACCGGCAUCGAUACGGUUCUUCGCAACCUCUCCUACUCCUCUUCGGACCAUAUCAUCGUCUUCGAUACCGUGUACGGAGCUUGCGAGCGGACCAUCCACCACCUGAUCGAAACCACCGAGGUCCAGCUAACGCGCAUCCCUCUGGUCUACCCGAUUGAAGAUGAUCAGCUCCUUACGGCCUUUCGUCAAACCGUCCAAGGCAUCCAAGCCCGUGGAAAGACCGCGCGAGUGGCUGUGUUUGACAUUAUCAGCUUCCAACCGGGUGUGCGCACUCCGUUUGAAGCCCUGGUCAUGGCCUGCCGUGAGCUGGAGGUACUCUCCUGCGUUGAUGGCGCCCACUGUAUCGGCCAGCUCCCCCUCGACCUUGGUGCCCUUAACCCGGACUUCUUCGUUGGGAAUUUGCACAAGUGGCUCUUUGUGCCGCGUGGAUGCGCCAUUCUCUAUGCGCCCAUCCGCAGCCAGCCCCUUCUGCGCACCACGUUCCCGACCAGCUGGGGUUUCACGCCGCGCCACGGAGCUCGCUGUAACUCAUAUUUCCGCCAAGGACCUGGCUGGCAAAGUCCAUUUGAGGUACUUUUUGAAAGUUUCGGAACCAUGGACUACAGUCCGUUUCUGUGCAUUCGUGAUGCCUUGGAAUUCCGGGCCUCGAUUGGUGGUGAGAAGGCUAUUAUGCGGCACAAUGCGGAGCUGGCGGCAGUCGGGGGGCAGACCAUGGCGCAGAUGCUGGAGACGGAGGUUUUGGAUAAUUGCCACCGGACCUUGACCCGCGGCUGCAGUAUGGUGAAUGUCCGACUACCACUCCCUCGUUCUCUAGCCGGGGGUGAUGAGACUCCCAGGAUAGUCGAGUGGAUUUCGCAUCAGUUGGUCGAGAAGUAUCGGACAUAUGCCCCUGUCUACGAGCACAACGGACAGAUCUGGGUGCGAGUCAGUGCUCAGAUCUAUUUGGAGUUGGAAGACUUUCGAUACUUGGCCCGUGCCCUAGGCCAGUUGUGCGACAUUCUUCAGCGCGGGAAACAGCCCCAGUCUGCCGACCUGGACAUCAAGUCUCCUGCAAGCUUGAUCGACGGCCUCUCACAGGACGGAAUUUCGGUUUUAUGCCAAAAUGGUCAUUCAUCGCUUGAGUACUGA